AUGAUCCGUUUAGGUGCAACCUGGGUAGGUCUGUCUGGUUUAUCUAUCUAUCUAUCUAUCUAUCUAUCUAUCUAUCUAUCUAUCUAUCUAUCUAUAAUCUAUAAUGGGGACAGCUCCUUCGAAGACUUUUAUUACACUCUUCACUCUUCUUUUUUCUUUCUUUCUUUCUUUCUUUCUUUCUUUCUUUUCCAUUAUUUCACUAUUGCUUUUCACACAUUUUUGCUUUCUUUCUUUCUUUCCUUCUUUCUUUCUUUCUUUCUUUCUAAUUAUUUUUCUAUUAUUUACGCUUUCUUCUUUCUUUCUUUUCUUUCUUUCUUUCUUUCCUUCUUUCUUUCUUUCUUUUUCUUUUCAUUAUAUCUCUAUUGCUCUUCACCUUCUUUCUUUCUUUCUUUUCUAUCCUUUCACGGUUGCUCUUUACGCUUUCUUUCUUUCUUUCUUUCUUUCUUUCUUUCUUUCUUUCUUUCUUUCUUUCUUUCUUUCUUUUCCAUUAUAUCUCUAUUGCUCUUCACCCCUUCUUUCUUUCUUUCUUUUCUAUCCUUUCACGGUUGCUCUUUACGCUUUCAUUCUUUCUUUCUUUCUUUCUUUCUUUCUUUCUUUCUUUCUUUCUUUUCCAUUAUAUCUCGAUUGCUCUUCACCCUUUCUUUUUUUCUUUUUUUGUUUCCUUAUCUUCUUUCUUUCUUUCUUUCUUUUUUUCUUUCUUUCUUAUCAAUUAUUUCCUCACUUCUUUCUUUCUUUCUUUCUUUCUUUCUUUCUUUCUUUCUUUCUUUCUUUCUUUCUUUUCAAUUAUUUCUCCAUACCAUUUCUUUCUUUCUUUCUUUCUUUCUUUCUUUCUUUCUUUCUUUUCAAUUAUUUCUCCAUACCAUUUCUUUCUUUCUUUCUUUAUUUCUUUCUUUAGCGUUUCCUUCAUUUGGAAAUCAUCCGAAUCUCCCGCCAAAUGUUCCUAGCAGAGGGACAAUCGCAAACCAGCCGAGGAUGUGA